AAAUACUGUAUCUAUAAUCAUGUUUAUUAGUCAAUGGAUUUAUUAAGGGGCACUAAAUAUCGGCGAACAGCUAAUCCCGCAUACAAUCCGACGUCACAGUGUAGUGUGUCGUAUCGAAAAUUAUUUGUGAAAACUUCCCAUGAUGCAUGUGUAACCCCACCCAGUGCUGUCAAGUGACGUGUGUGCUGGCGGUGCGAGUGUUUGUAUGUCUACUAGGAUAACCCUCUCCAUGACGGGGCCGGCAAAUUUGGCUCUAUAGCCCGGCGUCCGGCUUGGAGACCCCACGGAUUACCGAUUGUGAAUACUUGGAUGUCAAUGUGAAGGAUAUACGUGUAUCAAACUGGCCAAAAUAGCAGACACAUUGCUCAGCAGUAUGGGGUGCUUUCGGCGGAAAGAAGACGAAGAUGAUAAGAUGCGAAAAGAAGCGAAUAAACGGAUAGAAAGACAGUUACAGAAAGAUAAACAGUUAUAUAGGGCCACACACCGGCUCUUAUUAUUAGGUGCCGGGGAAUCUGGAAAAUCUACAAUUGUAAAACAAAUGAGGAUUUUACAUGUAAAUGGAUUCGGACCAGAUGAAAGAAAACAGAAAAUAGAAGACAUAAAACGGAAUAUAAAAGAUGCAAUUUUGACAAUAACAGGUGCUAUGAGCACAUUAAACCCACCUGCUACCUUAGAAAAUACUGAAAACCAAUUUAGAGUGGAUUAUAUUCAAGAUGUAGCCAGUCAAUCCGACUUUGAAUAUCCUCCUGAAUUCUAUGAACAUACAGAAAUAUUGUGGAAAGAUAAAGGAGUACAAGGUUGUUUUGAAAGAUCUAAUGAAUAUCAACUUAUUGACUGUGCACAGUAUUUUUUAGACAGAGUACAUAUAGUUAAAGAACCAGACUACACACCUACAGAACAGGAUAUUCUACGAUGUCGUGUUUUGACGUCUGGGAUUUUUGAAACAAGGUUUACAGUUGAUAAAGUUAAUUUUCAUAUGUUUGAUGUUGGUGGGCAGAGAGAUGAGAGAAGAAAAUGGAUUCAGUGUUUUAAUGAUGUGACAGCCAUUAUAUUUGUAACUGCUUGUAGUGGCUAUAAUUUAGUGUUACGAGAAGACCCUAGCCAAAACCGACUCCGUGAAUCUUUAGAUCUUUUUAGAAGCAUCUGGAAUAACAGAUGGCUACGUACUAUAUCUGUAAUUCUCUUCCUGAAUAAACAGGAUUUGUUAGCACAAAAAGUCUCGGGAGGUAGAUCAAGAAUAGAGGAAUAUUUUCCUGAUUAUGCCCGGUACCAGACGCCGCCCGAUGCUGUUAGUGAGGCAGGUGAUGAUCCUGAAGUUGUUCGCGCCAAGUAUUUUAUUAGAGAUGAAUUUUUGAGAAUCAGUACAGCUAGUGGUGAAGGGCGACAUUACUGCUACCCUCACUUCACAUGUGCUGUAGAUACAGAAAAUAUCCGGCGUGUUUUCAACGACUGCCGAGACAUAAUUCAGAGAAUGCAUCUACGUCAAUACGAACUACUGUGAUUAGUGGCCUGCGACAGGCUAUGGCCUCUUAUUUUACAUCGUGUAAAGUUAUUGUACCUGUUUAUCGAGACUGAAUAUUUCUCUAGAGUAAAAAACAGGAGAAAGCAAUUAGUGCGGUACUUUUGCUUCAGACAGGACUAAUCUAAGCCUUGUCAAAUAAGAGUAACUGACACAAACAGACUUCACAUUGUACUUAUACAAAUCCACAUUGUUAUUCUGUUGAUAAGGUAUUUAUUUACCAAGUUGUAUCGGUAACCAGGACUUUCCCUGCCUGUAAACAAAUAAGAUGGCGGCUCUGUGAUUUUUCAAACUUGAAUGUGUUAAUAUAUCGGUCCACCUGUUACAGAACAACAUAAUACAGUGUGGGAUCCGACCCAAGUCAUGGAAACAAACUGUUAAUCAAAGGUCUCCAGAACUACUAAAAUGGAUUACACUUGUGGAGCUGUAUAUGAGAAUAAGUGUGUAUAAUAUAUACACUUUUUAUGUACGUUUUGUUGCUCCUAAUGUGAAUAUUAUAUCAAUGUACCGUACAGCGGUACCGUCUAAUUAUUGUUAUAUAUGCUGGCUGUGUGCAGGUCAUCUACUGACACCAGAAACUGUAUGACCAGAAUAAUUGACAUAAUUGUAAUUAGUUCAUGCAUUAUUUCCUGUAUUACACCUGUACAGUGCUGUAAAUCCCCCCCCCCCCCAUUCUUCCCUUUCUGCCCUUCCCCCCUCCUCCGUUCCUUCCCAUACUUUAUUUUUAUGGUAGUUUCAUCUCUCCAUUGCUGAUAACAAGACAAAAAAUAAUGUCCUAUUUGAAAAAAAUAAAACCCAACAAAAUGGUAGGACAAUUUUAAAUGUUUAUAAUAAACCGUACUUAAAAUAGAGAAAUGGAAAAAACUAGCCCGAAAUGGAAAUUUUUUCUUUAAAUUCAGAAAUUUGUAUGUAUGUUGGAAAUUGAGUUGUGAGUUACCUGUAAUGAUGUAGAGAUGAUUCCCACCUGUUUUUCUGCCUGCCUACUGUUGAUAUAUAAACUAUGAUUCAAUUAUCUCUCGUUGAAUGAAGGCUGCAAUUGUCAAAAUCUUCUAUUAUUAUUAUUAUUAUUAUUAUUAAUUAUGGGUGAUUGUCCUUGUAAGAAUCAUUAUCGGGCCAAUACACCAGUUGCUCACAAACUUAUAGUCAUUAUUAUAUGAUUCUUGGUUUUUAUUUAAAAUAAAAGAAAAUUUGUACAUAUCUUGUGCUAUUAUGAUGGCCUGACUAUUGAAAGGAGAUAGUGAAUGGUGAUUUUAUUCCUUACAAUAUUCAGACUCCUGCAAAUGGAAUUAUUUAUUUCAUUUUGAAUUUUUAACAGUUUUUCUAUUGUUUUUUUUUUCUUUCCAUUAUUGUCUAAAACUGUUAUGUGGCUGCUGAGUUCAGUUUCAAACCAAGUUUUAAUAUUUGGAUCUGGUGCGCUUCAGUUGUUCUUGUUACUAUGUGUUCACUGUUUAUUCACUUACAUUAUAAAUCUACCUACAAUCUACUGAUGCAUUUUAUCACAUGCUGAUUAACGCAGGGUUAUAAAUUAUAAUAAAAUAUAUGUAAGUUAUAAUAAUAAUACUAUAAAGGGGUUUUUUUUUUUCAUUUUCAUUCAAAAUGAAUUGCAUCUAAAAUGAAUUGUUUAAUUGAUUAAUUAUCAUUGGUUUUAAUCUUUUGUUUCAAAUUAAGAAGAUAUCCAAGCUUUAAAAAAUGCCAAAAAUCUGGAACAUUUUUAUAUUCUUUCGAAAGUUCUCCCUUUGGAAAACACAAUGAUACAUUGCAUUUCUCCAAGAACUAUCCUUACAAUUAAAUAAUAUAUUUCAUUAGGAACCAAUUUUUAUUGUUAGGGAUUGUAUAGAAAAAAGCAAAUAUUAUUAUUUAAUUUUUUGUUAUGUAUAGUGACUUUGUAUUUUUUUAUGAUUAGUUUUCUGAUUGCUAUAUUAAUAAUUAGAUAAUUGCACCCUUUCAUCCAUGAUAGAAGAACUUGAACAUUACUGUUUAAAUAUGGCUACUUGUAGCCUACAUAAUAGUUUAUAUAAUAUAUUUUUCAAAGAAAAACCUGCGUGUGUAGCUUUCUAUAUUUAAGUUACAAAACUAAUAUAAAAACUUGACCAAUGAUCAACAAAAACUGACUUUCUAAAACUUUAUGCACCAUAAAAAAAAUAAGAAUCUCAAAGAUAUCCUUAAUUCAUUUGAUUUUUUAAAAAGUUUAAUUGAAGUAGUAAUAUAAUAACAUUGUGUAAACUAUAAUUAAUAAUUUAUGUAUAUUAAUUCUCAGCCAUAUGAUAUGUAAGAAAUAAUAUUGAUAUAUUUAAUUUUGACUUUUCUGUGUUACUGAUUUGAAACCUCAGUUAAGCCAAGUUCUUUUCAUCUAAUCGUUAUGUAAAUUAAUCGUACUAUAAUUAAUAUUUUUAUUUUAUACCUGUAUCCAGAAGUUAUAAUUACUGUGUUUAAUGAUUGUCAACCUUUAUCCAGUCUUUGUAUUACAACUUACAAUGAAACCACUUAAAGACAGUGAGUUGGUGGGAAAAUAAUACCAUUUGGCAAAAUAUUUUCUAAAAUCUGUACAUGUAGCUAAAGUUCUGUAUUAAUGUUCAAACUAAAAUUCUAUGUAUUGAUAGAAAUUUUAAUACUGAAUGAAAUUUUUAGGGUAAAAUGUAAUGAAAUAUGUAAUGUUCGGGCGAUUUUAAGUAUGCAUUCAUUUAUAAACAGGAUCUCUGUAGAAAUUUGAAAUGUGUUAAGAGAAAGAUUAAAUUGAUCAAAUUUUCAAUUAAUGUUUUAUAAUAAAACAUUCAGGUUGAAAUUCUUGUCAAGUGUUUAACACUAUUCUCAUUUAAAAUCUUUGCAAUCCUGUAUUUGACCAAAUAUGUGUCUAUACUCUCCUAAAUUUCAGCAAAAGUUGUAAUUUAAUAAGCCAUGUCAGUUUUAUUUCUGCUUGAAAAGAGUUAUGUCACUAGGAUGUAAUUCUAAAAUUACAUAUUGUGAAUUAUUUCAUUUGUUGAAACAGUGGAUGUGUACUGUUUAGAGUAUGUACAUUUAUUUGGUUGAAUAUGGUUAUGAUCAAACUGAGUGAUUAUUAUUUUUAAAUAGACGUUAAGAAAUUGUAUGUCACAAGUAAUAUUGAGUUUAAUCUGUUUAUAUAUUUCCGUCACAUUUAAUUUGGCAUAUUCCUCAAACUUUCUCUCACAUAUUAUUAUCUGUUUUUGCGAUUGUAAUCUCGUGUUUAAAUUUGAAAAUGAUGCUCAUGUAUAUUGAUAAAAAGAUAUGAAUGCCCUGAAUUCAUGUCAUAUAAUGCUUGCUCUAAUGUUUCUAAAACUAAAGGAUAACUAUUUUAAUUGUUGUUGCUUGCAAGUUUUUAAUAAUGAUGCGUGACCCAUUCUUCAUUUGCUGUACUAUUUUAUCAUUUUGAUACAAAUUUGCGUUGGCCAUGUUAGAAUUGAUUUCAUCUUUACUAUACUAAAUGUGGUUUAUAUUUUUAAAAAUUUGUUUUGUCCAUAUCAUUCAUUUAAGUAAUUGAUAUACAUUAUACUAUAAGCUAUUAUUAAUACAUCAUUUCAAAUUAUAAAAUUAUCACCCGCAGGAUUAGUCUAUUAGUUCAUUUUAAAUGUACAAUACAAAAUGCUGUGCAAAGAAAGUGAUACAAUGUAAAGCCUUAUUCAGUUCUGCAAUAGGAAAGCAUAAGGGCUGGGACAGUCCAUUUAUACAGGAGGGAUUCGGUAGCAGUUUGAUACAUGGAUUAGGUCAUUCUUUGCUAGCUUUUGCACCUAAAAAAUAAAAAAAAAACAUUUUUUUUAAAGAAACCGUGGUCUGUAUCCUUGCUCAUUUUAAUAAUAAGUCCAAAUACUAAUCUGAUUUGAUAUUAAAUUUUUUUAUUGAAAUCUACUUGCAUAAUAGAACUGUUGUAAUUUAAUAUUAAUGAAAGAAUGAAUAUGUAUGAAACUGCAUGUUGGAUGUAUUGUCCCAGACCUAGAUAUGUACCAAGUAACUAAAGAAGUUUGAAACUUGUGUAGUAAUGAUAUAACUUGCUUAGCAAGGUUUCUUUAAGUGUCUUAUACCAGUAGUCCAUUGAAAUACUUCAAUUUAUUUUUCUUUUCUUUCUGUUCAUUUUUAGUUCCAGUUAUUUGUAAAAUUUAACCGAAGUAAUGUUUAUUUUAUCCUAGAGCUACUUAAAAUAGGGUUGUAUUUACUAACCAAACCUUGUUUAAUAAAUCCAUUAUCCUAUUUCAGAACUGAAAUUAUUACAAUCAAAUUUUAAUUUCUUGCAGCCCGUGUCACUUGUUGAGUAUUUUUCAAUGUAACCAAUAUAUCUGUCAUAUAGUAACAAUCUCCUUCACUGUAACAGAAAGGGUAGAGAAAAUUUCGUAAUAAAAUGAUGAUGCAGACAAAGGAA